AUCCAAAUAUUUCUCUUCAAUUUCUUCUCAGAACCAAACAUAACUAACUAAGACAAAAAGAUCCUUCUCCAAUCUCCCCACACUCCACUCUCCGCCAAAAGCUUUGUCCCCGCCGCCGCGCCGAUCACCGGCGUGUUGAAAAUUGAAUACUUAUCACCGCCAUCUCUUCACCAUCCCUAAUAUCUCAGUGAUGCAAAAAAAAAAAAAUAACAAUGAAAUGAAUCAUUAUUAUUAUUUCUGAAAACUUCGUUUUUCUGUCGACAAUGCUACGAAUGAAGUUGUUUUCCGACAACCUUACCUCAAUCCCUCAGAAGAAUAUUCGCCCCUUUUUGUCGCAAAUCUUCUUCACUACACAACAACACUUUCCCGAGAAAAUUCCUUCAACCCCAAAUUUUCCCGAGAAAAUUAUCAUUUCACCCGAAUCUCAACCAUCUGAGAAAAAAAAUAGAUUUUUGGUAACCCUUUUAAGCCACAAGUCCAACCCUAAAUCAGCUCUCAAAUUCUUCCACCAAGUUGAGAGAAAACGAGGCUUCGUUAAAACCGUUGAUUUUAUCUCUUUAUUGAUUCACAUUCUCUCUUCAAACUCAAAAACAUGCAGUUCUCUUCAAUUUUUGCUUAAUAAUUAUGUUUUUGGUGAUGCUACUCCUUCUGCAAAAGUGUUUGUGGAAUGCUUGUUGGAGUGUUCAGGAAGGUAUGGUUUCGAAUCCGAUUCGCGGGUUUUUAAUUAUUUGUUGAAGAGUUUUGUUAGAGUUAAUAAGAUUACAGAUGCUGUUGAGUGUUUUAGAACUAUGUUGGAGCAUGAUUUGGUUCCUUGGGUUCCGAUUAUGAACAAUCUUUUAACUGCAAUGGUUAGGAGGAAUAUGGUUUGUGAUGCACGUCAACUGUAUGAUGAAAUGGUUGAGAGAGGGAUUUAUGGUGAUUGUUAUACUUUGCAUGUGGUUAUGCGCGCGUGUAUGAAAGAAGGGAAAUUUGAGGAGGUUGAGAAGUUUUUUAAGGAGGCUAAGGGGAGAGGUUUGGAGGUUGAUGCGGCUGCCUAUAGCAUUUUGGUUCAGGCGGUUUGUCGAAGGUUGGACUUGAAUUUGGCGUGUGAGUUGUUGAAGGAGAUGAGGGAGUUUGGGUGGGUGCCAUCAAAGGGUACAUAUACUGCUGUUAUUGUUGCUUGUGUGAAGCAGGGGAAUUUUGUGGAGGCGUUGAGGCUUAAGGAUGAGAUGGUGAGCGUUGGUUUACCUAUGAACGUAAUUGUUACGAGAAGCUUAAUGAAAGGGUAUUGUGUGCUAGGAGAUGUGAAUCUUGCGUUGCAGCUGUUUGAUGAGGUUGUUGAGGGUGGUGUUGUUCCCGAUGUGGUUAUAUUCUCGGUUUUGAUCAAUGGGUGCUCUAAGGUUGGGGAUAUGGAGAAGGCAUAUGAACUGUAUACACGAAUGAAACUCAUGGGCAUCCAGCCCAAUGUCUUCAUUGUAAAUUCUCUGUUGGAAGGAUUCCACGAACAAAAUUUGCUAGAACAUGCGUAUGGAUUGUUUGAUGAGGCAGUUGAACAUGGUAUCACCAAUGUCGUUACGUAUAACAUUCUUUUGAAGUGGCUUGGUGAACUGGGAAAGGUUAAUGAGGCAUGUAAUUUAUGGGAAAAGAUGGUGAGUAAGGGUAUUACACCUUCGCUAGUUUCUUACAACAACUUAAUACUUGGUCACUGCAAAAAGGGUUGCAUGGAUAAAGCCUAUAGUAUGUUGAAGAGUAUUCUUGAAAGGGGUUUGAAACCAAAUGCUGUUACAUACACUCUUUUAAUAGAUGGGUUUUUCAAAAAGGGAGAUUCAGAGAGAGCCUUUGUUGUGUUUGAGCAAAUGAUGGCUGCGAAUAUUGCGCCUACUGACCACACAUUUAACACUGUCAUAAAUGGCUUGGGUAAAACUGGCCGGGUGUCUGAGACACAGGACAAGUUGAACAAUUUUAUCAAGCAGGGUUUUGUAUCCACUUCCAUUACUUAUAAUAGCAUCAUAGAUGGAUUUUUCAAGGAAGGUGCGGUGGAUUCUGCACUUCUUGCCUACCGGGAGAUGUGCGAAAGUGGAAUUUCUCCUGAUGUGAUCACCUACACCAGUUUGAUUGAUGGACUUUGUAAAUCUAAUAAGAUUGGUCUUGCUUUGGAAAUGCAUAGUGAUAUGAAGUACAAGGGUAUGAAAUUGGAUGUCGUUGCGUAUAGUGCUCUCAUUGACGGUUUUUGCAAAAUGCAUGACAUGGAAAGUGCAAGCAAAUUCUUCACUGAACUUUUGGACAUUGGUUUGACUCCAAACACAGUUGUUUAUAACAGCAUGAUUAGUGGCUUCAUACAUUUGAAUAACAUGGAAGCCGCACUUAACUUGCACCAGGAAAUGAUAAAGAAUAAGGUUCCAUGUGAUUUGCAGGUAUACACCUCAAUAAUUGGCGGGCUUUUGAAAGAGGGCAAAUUGAGUUUAGCUUUAGAUCUUUACUCGGAGAUGCUUUCCAAGGAUAUUGUUCCUGACAUCGUCAUGUAUACAGUUCUGAUAAACGGACUCUCUAACAAUGGACAACUGGAAAAUGCAAGCAAGAUUCUAAAGGAAAUGGAUGGGAAUAAUAUAACUCCUUCGGUUCUUGUUUAUAACAUUUUAAUUGCUGGAAACUUCAGGGAGGGUAAUCUGCAAGAGGCUUUUAGAUUGCAUGAUGAGAUGCUUGAUAAAGGUCUUGUGCCUGAUGAUACUACAUAUGAUAUUCUUGUAAAUGGAAAGCUCAAGGUAUCACAUACUCUUGGUGGAUCUUAAUUCAAAUGGAUUAUAUUGCAAAUGAGUCUUGCUGUUAGUUAUUGAAUGGGCUGAAAUUGGCCCCAUCUUCCAUUGUUUACUAUGUAGCACUGACAUUUUAAAUUGAAGACAUUUCCAGUGUUCGACAUGUGUCAGUGUCUGACACCGACACACAUGGUUACAUUUUUUUUAAUUAUUUCCGGUGUCGACGUGUCAAUGUUGGUAGCGUGUCUGGUGUCACUGUCAGUUCUUCAUAGAUUGUUUAUCUUGUGGAGCAAGAAAUGUGGACCAAAACUCCGUUCACGGCAUCUUCCGUAGAUAUUGUUGUUUGUUCAUUUUAUUUAUGGGUAUCCUUUAGUGUAAUCAUAGGAAAAGUGAAAUUUAUCAGUUAGGUUCUUUCUUUGCCAAGAGUAUAAUCAUGUCAUGAGCCAAUUAUUGGGCAGAGAAUCAAGCUUUUUGGUAACAGAGUUUCAAAUAACUGUUGUGUGGCACGAAUUGUGACUAUUAUCAAUGGGAAAACACACGCAAUUCAGGUGUGAUCUUAACAAUCCUCUAGUUUUCUUUUAUAUAUGGAUUGCAUUUUUAUGUUUAGUUUGUUUGAGAUGGAAAAGUUUCUGAUAUUGGACAAGGUUGGAUAAAUGUUAAGUUGUUUCCUUUUCAUUGAAUAUUAAUCACCUCGGCUACUGAUUCGAGAAUUAUUUUAGUUUA